AGAAGCUUAAUUGUUCCGGUGAGGAGCUUAACUGUUGCGGUUUUGAGCACCUCGUACCCGAAGUGAAAGAAGUGCCACCCUAGCCUGUUACUUGGUCCUGCACUGCACAGAAACAGCUAUAAUUUUGACCAACAGACGUCAUAAUUGAGCACUGGGAUUUUCUAGGCGGACAGAGCUGGCAGUAAGGUCAUGCCCUCAACGGGCCUCCAGCUCCUUGCUUUUGUCCUGGCCUUCUGUGGGGUCUCUGGAGUGCUGGCAGCCACCCUGCUGCCCAACUGGAUGGUGAACCUGGACACGGGCUCCAACAUCAUCACGUCCAUCAUCCAGGUGCAGGGGCUGUGGAUGGACUGCACGUGCUACAGCACCGGCAUGUUCAGCUGCACCCUCAAGUUCUCCGUCCUGACCCUCCCCAUCCACGUGCAGGCUGCGCGGGCCACCAUGGUCCUGGCUUGUGUCCUGUCUGCUCUAGGGAUCUGCACUUCCACGGUGGGAAUGCAAUGCAUUCGCUUAGGAGGGGACAGAGAGACCAAGAGUCACUCUUCCUUCGCUGGAGGCAUCUGUCUCAUGUCUGCAGGGAUCUCUGGGAUAAUACCAACUGUGUGGUACACGAAGGAGAUCAUCGCAAACUUUCUGGAUCUGACAGUCCCAGAGAGCAACAAACCUGAGCCCGGAGGAGCCAUCUACAUUGGGUUCAUUGCGGCCAUGCUGCUGUUGAUCUCUGGCGCAAUUUUCUGCACUUCCUGCAUGAGGAAGGAGGACCCAGAGGCUUGGCUCUCCCCGCCCAAGCAGCGGCAGAGCCCCACCGCAAAGCUCGAGGGCACUUCAGCUUACAACCUGAGGGAUUACGUGUAGAUCACUGUGUGACACACAUGGAACUUUUAGGUGGCUGCUGGGACUCUUGUCUUUAUUUUGGAUAAAAAAUAUAUAUAUACCAGAAUUAUGCUUAACUGUCUACAAGGAUUUUAAAUACUUUUACAAUGGCAACGUCAUUUAAAAUGCCAACAAACUCGCAUGUACAAUAUCUGUUUUAAGAUUAUUCUUAAAAUAAUUGGAAGAGUCAUAAUUGGAAGAGGGUCUGACUAUAUUAAUAAGGCCUAUAUUGAUGGCCUUUUUUCCUUUAUAAGAUAACCUGCUAAUCCAUUUUCCAAAUUGGUACUUAAUUGAACUUUAUAAAAGAGUUAAAUGGCCGAGAGUGAGAAGCACCUUGCCCUGGCACAAAUCCAGGGAUCGUCUGCCUUUGCCAUCUGGGUGGUGACCCACAGGAACUGGCUUCUGUUUUCCAGCCCACGCAUGACAGCACAUUAGGGAAAGAAGAGCUAACCACUUCUUUCCGACGUUGCCCAACCAGCCGCCCUAACUCCCCACCUACUGGAACCUCCCUGUCUCUUUUUUCAUUUUAGAAAAAUAUCUACAUACAUUUGUAAAAGCCAAGAAGAUGACACUCAAAGAUGAGGCAGAACUAAAGGAAACACACUGGUAAAGGCCAGAAAGCAAAGCAAAACCAAACCUAACCAAACCAAACCAAACUCAAACCUCUGGGACUUCCAGAGCAGUUAAGUAAAGCUCAGUGAUGACAGAAAGUUUGUCUGAACAGGCUCCAGAAGGGCCCUCUUCUGCUGCCAGCAAUAGGCUUCUCCUUUCUCCAGAUUAAGUCAUUCACCCACA